AGUUCUUCUUGGUUCCGGCAGCAAACAAGCACGGCGCAUCUCUUUUCCCCUCCUCCUCCCAAAGGAAAAUCUCCAAACCCUAGAACCACCACCACCACCACCACCACCUCCUCAGUCGCCAUGCGUCGCGGACAGCGCCACCGCCGCCGCCCUCCCCUCAGCGCCCCAGGCUCCCACCGACCCACCUCCCUAGAGCGUCUCGAGGACGGCCAAGAAAUCUAUGUCUACAAAGAUAAGGAUGGCGUUCUCGUCACCGACGACUUCUACGGGUCCACACGACCCGUCGCCGAUGUCCGCAGGGAAUUCCGCCCCAAAAGUCAAAGUCAGGCGACGCCCAGCGACUCUCCUCUGCAUGAGGACACAGAAUCAAAUGUCUUGGCCUCAAAGGAGUUACUUGACACUACAGCACUGAAGGAGUCGUCGUCCAUCACUAAAGACUCCUCUCUGUCACAGCCUACGUCGCUUGUUGACACGGAACCACAUGUCUUGGCCUUGAAGGAGCUGCUUGACACUUCACCACUUGCGGAGUUGUCCAUCACUAGCGCUUCCUCUCUGCCUCAGACUACAUCACCUCUCAAGGACGAACUAAUUCCGACACCACAGCUGCUCCAAGCCCUGGACGAAGCCCAGGCUAAAGCCAAUCUGUUUCUGACUCAACCGUCUGACUCCGCUUACCAGUAUUGGGCGCUGGAAGAGCCAGAUAUGUUCUCAUCCAACGAGUUGUUCAUUGUCAUGGCAACUUUGGGGAAAUCAACCAUCACUGACGCUUCCUCCACGCGGGCACUGGUGGUGACUCACUCGCCGACGCCACCCAUUUCUGCCCGGAAACCUACCGGUUGGAAUCAUCAGUUUUUCAUCAGAGUAGAUCUUGAUGAAGUUUUCCACACGUAUCCUAAGCUGGGUGGGCCGUUCCGGAGCUUGGAGGAAGCUGAGACGGCUAUACUCCUCCACCUUGAUGAACUACAUGAUCCAAAAAUGCGCUCAAAUGAUGGACUUUCAAGGUCAGAGAUUGCUAUACGAAAUGCUCUUUACUGGCCAGACGGCAAAAGCAAGUAUUCUUCGACAUCCAAUCCGGACGAAGAUCAUAUGGAGCUAUUGGUUCAAGCUUUGUUGGACAAGUACAACGAGGAGAACAUGCUUUCGGGGGAUCGUGCAUAUCAAGUUGAAAAUGUUGUGAACUUCCAAGAAGUCUAUGAGGGUGAUGCUGGCUGGUACUAUCAUCUGAAUUGUACUAGAAAAACUGAAGGUGGUGUCAACAAUCUGUUCUUUGCUGAAGUCUCGAAAAUUAUAAGAGGAGAACUUGAAGAAUUCGAGCUAACCUGUCUCCAUAUGCUUGAAUCUGUUGAUAAUGGCCCAUGCUAUGGUUGUAUAAACGACUAUAUUGGUGUGUAUCACCCCAUUGACGCUGGUAAAUACAAAGGUGGCCAUGAUCCCUCGUGGCCAAGAGGUCGCGGUAGUCAUCCACUGGAUUUCCCCGACGUAGACAGGGAUGAUCCUCUGGCGUUCCCAAGGGAUGUGGAUGCUUGGAGGAAAGCGGAGGAGGAAAGUAUUACAUGGAUAUACCAGGACGAUGAUGUGGCAAAAUCGGAUGCUGGAAAGACUCCUGCCUGUUCCGACAUGAGCCAGGGAAGAAGGCUGAAGUACAUUGUACCGGCGAGGCGUCAGUUGGUUUGAGAUGGACCUGCCUGUUUAUCUUUUUGGAAUUACUGUUUGUUCGUCGAUAAGUAUUUAUGGGACAAGUUGAAGUUUUACGCGAGACUUGGAAGUAUGAAAUUUGAAUCUAACUAGUUAGAUUGUCGAUUUCUAGCAUGUGUGGUAAAUCCAGUCCAAGCAUGCAAUUGGGACAAAUUGCAAGUUUUAUUUUGCAAGACUA